AUGUUACUCUGGCAAAUCUGGAAGGAUGGAAAUGGUAAGGUCUGGAACAAUAAGUCUCCUGUCCCGGCGGCUUCGGUUAUGGCAGCAGCCUCGACGUGGGCCGAGUGGAGUUCGGUGCGAGCUUCUGCUACUCGUUCUAACCCCCAGCAGAUCGCUAAGGCUGUCUGUCUUGGCUGGCAUCCCCUUCCUCCAGGUGCUAUUCAGUGUAAUGUUGAUGUCGCCUUUUUUGCUGAGGAUAAGACGAUGGGUUUAGGAAUGGUUGUCAGGAAUCACCAUGGGGAGUUUGUCGUGGGGCGAUCCAUUAUCUUACCAGGAUGCCGGAGUGUGGAGGAGGGAGAGCUUAUCGGCAUCAAGGAAGCUUUGUCGUGGAUCAAGGAGUUGGGUUUUCUCAAGGGUGUGUUGGAGUCGGAUUGCAAACGGGCUUGUGAUGCGAUUGGUUCGACGGAGAGGAGUAUUUCUGAAUUGGGCGUCUUGGCCUCUUUGUGUCGAGCUAAGCUCGUUUUGGUUCCGGAUCUUAGUGUUCGUUUUGUCAAGCGUGAGUAUAACGCGAUCGCUCAUUGUCUAGCGAAAGCUGCGAGAGAUUUUACUUCACAUCAUGUUUGGACUGAACCCCCGGUCUUUGUGGCGGGUCUUUUCCAUAUCCCAUGUUCUUGUGAGCAAUAA